AUGUCGAACCUUGAGCUUGGUGUGCAGACUGAGAAGGCCUUCCAGAAGCAGCCUCUGUUCCUUAACUCGAAGGUGGCUCGCAAGAGCACCCGUGCCAAGCGGUGGUACAAGGACGUUGGUCUGGGUUUCAAGACCCCCAGCGCCGCCGUGGACGACAAGAAGUGCCCCUGGACUGGUCUCGUGUCGAUCCGCGGCCGUCUCCUCAGCGGCAAGGUUGUUUCGACCAAGAUGACCCGCACUGUGAUUAUCCGCCGGGAGUACCUGCACUACGUGCCCAAGUACAACCGUUACGAGCGCCGUCACAAGAACCUGGCUGUGCACGUCUCGCCUGCGUUCCGUGUUGAGGUCGGUGAUAUUAUCGUGGCUGGCCAGUGCCGCCCUCUCUCGAAGACCGUCCGUUUCAAUGCCCUGAAGGUGAUCAAGAAUAAGAGCACUGAGCGUGCUAAGGCCUUCAACCGCUUCUAA